AUGACCAAGAGAAAGCCUAGCACGAAUGGCAAGAAUAAUUCGCUCAUGUCAAGGACUGCCAUCUUCAAAAUUUUUUUCGUUGAGGUCGGGUGGGCGUUGCAGGGCGCCAGGGGCCUCACUGUGGUUUUCUUUCCAACCCAGGAAGAUCCUGCCUUGGUUCGCUGGGCCUAUGCUAGGACGCAGAACGUCUACCCUACUUUCCGCCCGACACCCAAGACGUCCUUUCUAGGAGCUCUUUUUGCGAUAGGCCCUAUCCUCUUCUGGGCUGCUGUCUUCAAAGCUGACAGGGAUCGUAAAGAGAAGCUUAUCCAAGAAGGUAAAUACAAGCGACCAUUCAGUUUGUUUUAAGUUCCUGGAAUUGCAAUGCUGUUCAUGGGAUAGAAGUAAAAUAAGAUGUAUUGUGUGCUGAUGUUUCUCCUUCAUAAGAAUAAAUCUUAAUUGAUCAUU